CAAAUAUACGCGAUAAAACCCAACAGUAACUGCACUGACUUGACAAAGAGUAGACGCAUUCGAGAAUAUGAAACCUCUUUUGUAUGGGGUUUGGUGUGCGUUGUUGGGGCUACACAUUUCGGACGCACAAGAAAUAUGUAAGACGCCAACGAAAUUAGACGGUCGAUGUAUACCCAUCGAUGAUUGCAAAUAUUUGAAGCCCUUCAUCAGGAAAUCUGCCGAACAACGGGAAUACCUCAAGCUAUCGACCUGUGGAUACAUUGAUCAAACUCCUCUGGUUUGCUGUCCGAAUAAUACAUUGCAUGAUGGGUGUGUCACAUUUUCAGGAGAAAAAAGCACUUGCAGGCCUUUAGAAUCAUGCCCAAUUAUACGAAAGAAACUUGAAACAAGACCAGUAAGCGUCGUAAAUAUGGAAUAUGUGCAAAAAUCAAGAUGCGACAGUAGUAACAACUACUAUUGCUGUGACCCGCUGGACGUAAGGCAAAGGAAAGGAAACGAGAUUAUAGAAGAAUUCGCCGAGAAUUGCCAUGCCGCUACUCCUGAUUGGGACGUUUUUGGAUUUGCAAUCGACAUACACCCUUGGAUAGGUAUUAUUGAAUAUGCCGAUAAUGGGCCACGUCUAUGCGUAGGAUCACUUAUCAAUAAACGAUAUGUAUUGACUGCAGCUCAUUGCUUGGUGUCAAGCAACAACAAUUCAUUGGGAGCAAAAUCUGUCCGUUUUGGAGACUACAACAUCACUAGCGAAGGACCAGACUGCAUUGAUGUAGGACCCGAAGACAUUAUACUAGACUGCACGUAUGGUGAAUUGUCCAUCGAAAUUGAAUCUUUUGUCGUUCACCCUGAAUACAAUACAUCCAAAACGCUACUAAAUGUAAAUGACAUCGGCUUGAUUCGUCUAAUGGAACCUGUGCCCUAUAACGACUUCAUUCUACCGAUUUGUUUGCCACGAACAGACAUUACAUCUGAAACUCCCGCUGAAAUAUUAUUAUCCGUGGCCGGUUGGCGAUAUAAAAAUGAGACGGAUCAUGGAGACAUCAAAUUAGAAAACCACAUAAAUUUUAUAGAUAGGGAAACUUGUGUAAAAAGAUUGAGAGGCUACCAGCCUGCCAUAGGGACCAGUCAAAUAUGCGCCGGUGGAGGACACGAUGAACAUGUAAGCGAUUCUUGGGGACCACUUAAACUCUAUUACAGCACUUUUCAUGCAAUUGUUGGUGUAUUUAGCUUUAGACCAGACCAAUGCGCGGCUGAUGGUUGCCCCGGCGUAUAUACUAAAGUUUACGAUUAUCUAGAUUGGAUUAACAGUAAUAUUAAGCUCUAAAUAGAUCAACACUUAGCUUAUGAUAUUUUGUUAUACCUACUAAAUUAUGUGUUGGCUUUAUUUAACCCAACGGUAAUAUUUUUAAUUUUAUACUUAAUGGUAGACCCGAAAUUUUAAGCAACUAUGGCAAAAAUCGGAAGAAUGAAGAAAUUUUUUAGUUUGUGGCAUAGAAAUUAGGUAACUCGACGCGUGCAUUAUUCAUUCAAAUGCAAAGUUAACUGACGGCUCCUUUACUUUUGGAUUUUAUAAUAAUUUUGAAAUGUUUAUUUGAAUAAAAAAAUUAAAAGUUUAAUUGUUUUAUUCACCUUUACUAAAUAUAUGUCAAUCAAUGAAUAAAGUGGUGUUGACCGAUGUUUGUAACGUAACCGAUGAUGCAUACGACAUAGAAUACCUAGUUAUUGUGAUUAAAACAAGUCCAGAACUGAAUCAUAGUAUUAUAACGUCGUUGGAAAUAUCCGCGAUAAAACCCAACAGUAACUGCACUGACUUGACAAAGAGUAGAC